AUGGCGCAGGCGCAACAAGAAGAAGAAGAUGAAUUCGAUCCCCGGCUUGACUUCAUCAUGAAUUAUCUCAUAAAAUCCUUACGAAUAAAGCCCGAGAAAUGGCUUAAAAUGAUUAACACUGACGAAUUUAAGGUGUUCAUUCCUCUCUUAACUAGUCAACCAGGAUGGCCUCAAGUAGUUGUGGAAGAUGUUAGAGAACACAUGUACAGGAUGAAAAAUGCCACUUACGAAAUGAUUGGCAAGAUGGAAGGAAAAACACUCCUCCCAAUGCCUAUGGGUGUGGAGAGAGUGCAUGAAGUCCAACAGGCAAUAAUAUCAAGUGGAGGGCAAGAUGUGGACCUGCCUCUAAAGAGAGCCAUAGAGCAGAUGGUGGUAAAAUGGGGAACUCAGGUCAAAGAAAUACUAAACCAGAACUCAAGCUCUGUAUUUGAGAAAACACUCCACCCUGCACCUAGCGAAGAAAUUGAUUUCUGGAAUGCUCGUCUUAAAAACCUUGAAAGUAUCUACCACCAGCUGAGAGACCCACGCGUAGCCAAAAUGGCAUCAAUUUUGGAAUUGACAGAAAGUGUGUACUGCAAGAACUACAAAGAGCUAUUCAUUAAUGUAUUUGAAGCUGUGCUUGAAGCUCGUGAAAUUUCAGCAUUCAUGAAGGCCUUAAAACCACAGUUUGAUGUAAUUGAAAGCACAGAUUUCAAUGAAGUUCGCCCACAUCUGAAACCACUGAUGCAUGUUGUUUGCUUGACGUGGGGCUACUGUAGACAUUAUUGUAAUAAUACAAGAAUUAUUCUGCUUCUGCGUGAAAUUUGCAACAUGCUGGUUCAGCAGGCAUCAAAAUACCUUGACCCUGGAUCUCUUUUCCAAGGAGAGACUGAAGAAUCUUUAGCUAGAGUAGCUCAGUGUAUUGAGUCUCUGCAUAUUUUUCGGCAAAUUUUUGAGGAAAGUCGUCAGAAUAUUGCGUCAUAUUUCCCUGAAGAUGUACAACCCCAGUACUGGAAUUUUGGUGGAAGUCUUGUUUUUGAGUACAUGGAUAAAUUUAUAGAACGACUCAAUGCUGUGAAAGAUUUGUUUGCAACAUCGCUUGAAUUUCAGAAACUUGAAAAAGUAGAAGUUGGAGGGAUCAGAGCGAGAUGGCUUAGCCCAAGAGUUGAGAGUAUAUUUGCAGAGUUUGAAGAACUAUAUUCAUUUUUCAGUGGGGUACCAUAUGAUCCUUUGGACCCUGAUGAUGCCAGUUUUGAGAAAGAUUACACAAUGUUUCGUAACAGGAUUAGAGAUUUUGAUAACAGAUUGGCUGCUAUUUGCAGCCAAGCAUUUGAUGACUGUGUUAAUGUUGAAGCUAUUUUGAAGUUCAUCUACAUGAUGGGAAGCCUCCUUGAUCGUGAAGUUAUCAAAGCAUCAGUUGAACCAAAAUAUCAUAGACUGUAUGAUUUGCUACAUUCUGAGCUGGAUACAGUAAAGUCAUCUACUGAGUAG